AUGUCUCAAGUCCAGCAUACAGCGCGCGUCGCACUGCUCUACCAAGCAAUCGAGUCACCCGUCAUCAAUGGAGUCCGCAAGCCCAUGAAGCCUGGUGGCUACCAAGACGGCUGUGCCGACAUUGCCUACAACCUCAGCAAGCAGGCCGGCAUCGACAUCAUCACACCAAUCGACUCCCCCGACCCUCGAAAUCACGUUGGAUGGAGCUUCCCAGACUCGGAAGAAGGCAUCAUGUCAGCCCUGCAGAAAGGAGCAACUCACCUCUUUGCCAACACAGUCGUCUUUGCCAGCCAUCCGCUGCAAACAUCUGAAAGAGUGGGAGAAUGUCAGGACAAAGUCAAGGUGGUCGGACACCCUCCGUGCAUGGUGGAGCUGCACGACGACAAGCACUAUGUCAACGACAUGUUGCGCAAGUCUGCCAGGUUCACAUUACCUCGCGGUUGGCUGCUCGAGGACGACGGCUCAGAUCUUGAUGCACGUCUCGACUCGCUCAAUCUGACUUUCCCGACCGUCGGCAAGCCCGUCAGAGGACGAGGAAGUCACGGCGUCAAAGUCUGCCACUCUCUGAACGACUUGCGAGACCACGUCCAAGCUCUGUUCAAAGAGUCUCCAGCCAUCAUCCUCGAAGACUAUCUCGCUGGAGAAGAAGCAACCAUCACCGUCAUGCCACCUUCAGAGGAGCACCCUUCGCAUUGGGCUCUCCCAAUCGUCACCCGCUUCAACCACAACAAUGGCGUAGCACCCUACAACGGCAUCGUCGCCGUCACAGCAAAUUCUCGCGCCGUAACACCCGAAGAAUACGCAAAUGACCCCGCAUACUCUGCCAUCGCAGCUGAGUGCGAGCAAGUAGCCAAAACCAUGGGUCUGACUGCCGUUAUGCGUAUUGAUGUGCGUCGCUUCACUGCAGAGCCUGGGUCGAAGUUUGCGCUGUUUGACGUGAACAUGAAGCCGAAUAUGACUGGGCCGGGUAGACCGGGGAGAGAGGACCAGGCCAGUCUGAGCGCCAUUGCUGCUGCACAACUGGGCUGGGAUUAUCCUAGACUGCUGGAGGAGAUGCUCAGAGGUGCGCAGCCUUUGCGGCGACUGAGGGAGAUGCGACCGGACAAUAUGUGA